CGGCCGCUCCACGUAGCCCGGCGGUGGGCCGGCUAGGGCACACGGACCUCGGCCCGGGGCUGUCGUUAGCCCAAGCCGGGCCCUGGCGUCCCAGGACUCCCGCGGAGCCAUGGCGGGCCCUGGUCCAGGAGAUCAGGACGAACACUACGAUUUCCUGUUCAAACUGGUGUUAGUGGGCGACGCGAGCGUGGGCAAGACGUGCGUGGUACAGCGCUUCAAGACCGGUGCCUUCUCCGCGCGUCAGGGCAGCACCAUCGGUGUCGACUUCACCAUGAAGACGCUGGAGAUCCAGGGCAAGCGGGUCAAGCUACAGAUUUGGGACACAGCUGGCCAGGAGCGGUUCCGGACCAUCACCCAGAGCUACUACCGAAGUGCCAAUGGGGCCAUCCUUGCCUAUGACAUCAGCAAGAGGAGCACCUUCUUGUCAGUGCCUCACUGGAUCGAGGAUGUGAGGAAGUACGCAGGCUCCAACAUCGUGCAGCUGCUGAUUGGGAACAAGUCAGACCUUGCCGAUCUCCGGGAGGUCCCGCUGGCGGAGGCGCAGAGCCUGGCUGAGCACUAUGACAUCCUCUGUGCCAUUGAGACCUCUGCCAAGGACUCCAGCAAUGUGGAGGAGGCCUUCACCAGAGUGGCCACUGAACUCAUCAUGAGGCACGGAGGCCCCAUGUUCAGUGAGAAGAACACUGACCACAUCCAGCUGGACAGCAAGGACAUUGUGGAGAGCUGGGGCUGUGGGUGCUGACUGGGGGGGUCAGGGCAGGCAGGCUAAGACCUCCCCUCCUCCUUUGUCUCCAGCCUGUCAAGCCCCACCCUUCACAGUCAGCCCUCCAGGGCACUGGCUUCUCUAGAGGGAUUCUGCACCCCUGGCCUGGAUGCUGGGUAGGAAGGGAGACGUGACACAGGGUAUCCUGUGCAGAAUGCUAUUGGCCCAGAGCAGGAUGUGGACCAUCCCACCAGCCAGCAUCUGCUCCCUCUAUGUUCUUCACAUUCCAGGACUAGCCUGAGCCUUCCAGCAUAGACUCUGGUGGGACAUGGGCUGGCUGUGCUGCCCAGCCCCCUCGUGCUGGUUUUGACCUUCUCCUGCCUUGACUGUUGCAGACGUGCAGCAGGUUGCUGCUCUCCAGGGAUGUGGCUGGUACCCCAGGUCAUUCCAGGUCAUUCUCCUGCCUCUUACCAAAGUGUAAAAAGCACAUCAAUUAGACCAACAGACUGGUGCCGAGCCUUGUCCUGGGGAAGCCUGAGCUCCUCAGGUGGACACAGAGUCCCUGUCCUCAUGGCCAGCUGGGAGCUCUUAGCUCCCUGGGCCUGGCUUACCAAGACCUCUCAGAUGGUUCUGCUUUUCCAUGUAGCAUCUCAUUUUCACUGACCCAAUUGUAGGGUCAUGGCCAGGGGCCAACUGGGAACUGUCUCCAGGCUUAAGGCCCAAAAUGUUGCCAGUCAGGUUGCAAAAGCAGCUAAUCUUUAAGUGUGGUUGAGGGGUGAGGUAGGAAAGCGAAGGUUUAAGGAAGCAGGAGCAGCGUGCAAGGGGCAGCUCACGGGCAGAGCGCAUGCUUAGCACAUGCCAGGCCCCGAGUUCAGUCCUCAGCACCCAAACCAACAAAAGAGCAGCUUCUGGUGUAUCCCUGAGGUUGAGGGCCCUGUGGACGCCAGCUAUGCCCCAUGUGGAGACACCAUCCCUGCCACUGCCCAGAGCUUUUAGUUCCCCAUGGUCCUGGUCUGGCUUACAGUUUCAAAGCAAAAAAGAUGAGUGCCCACUGGCCUAAGACCUGGCCAUCUUAGACCUCACUGGUUCUCUCUGCCUGCCUUAAUGGGUGCUUCCUGCUGUGGUCAGAGGGAGUUGUUUCCUGCAUCUCCCCUCCUGCUGGCAUCCUACCCUUGCCCCCGACCUCAAGCAUUCUAGUCUGUCAGCACCUUUCCUAGGGAGAUCUGGCCACAGGGUGAGAAGCAGCACUUUGCAACAACUACAUGGCAGCUGAGGGAGACAGCACUCGGUAAACUAGAUAAACCGUGUUACACUCACUGGGACCCCUUCAGGCAGGAGGCAGCCUGUGCAUUAGCUGAGCCUGGCUGUGAUGGGAUGGAAGGUGGCCUGGGUAAAUUAGGACCUGCUGAGCGCCUCUCAGGUGGGAUCCUUGUGGCCCUACUGGGUUGGAGCUGCAUGGUUCCAAGGGCUGGAGACCAUGAAGCCCAUAUAGGCUUUCUUAACCCGAAAGUCAUGAUCUUUUUUGAGGAGGGGCAAUGACCUUUUCACAGGGGUCACCUAUCAGAAAACAGCUGACUGCCUUCCUUUCCUGGGCCUGAUGCAAUUGAGAGGGUCCUGCUGCUGACUCCACCCAUGGGUGCGUAGUACCCAACAUUGAGAGUGCCCUUUGCACUGCACAUGGUCUUCGGAGCCGUCUGGCAUCUGUGCUUCCAUGAGUAGAUCCUGUGGGGUUGAUGUUUCCAGGGCCAGUCAGGAAGGCAGCCCUGGCCUCUCAUGGCCCUGCUCUUUUGCUGGGUGGUGGGGAAGUUGCCAGGUCUUUGGUCUGUGUCUGGUGUUCAAAUGGAAGUCCCAUUUUAGGAUGUGUCUGUCUAUCUGAGUUUAGAUACUGACCUUGCCGUAGCUACCCACUACUACCGGCAAGCCUUGCUCUUUAGUGAUACCAGUGCUGAGCCCAGCAGGACAUUAGAGUUCUUCUGUACUUAGGGCCCAGAGGAGGGAGGUCAGAGGCCUUUUGCUCUAAACAGAGCUAAACAGAGCUCUAGCCGUUCUUUCACAAGAUGGCAACUGACUGGUGAUGGGGCUCACAUGCCACCCUGGGCCAUGAGCCCACUUUGCAGCCUCCAAGGGCUGGAGACCAUGAAACCCAUAAGGUGAUGUUUCUUAAUCUGUGAGUCAAGACCCCUUUAGGGGGCUGAAAUGACCAUAUCACAGGGGUCGCCUAUCAGAAAACACAGAUACUUACAUUACAGUAGGUACGAAAAUAAUUUUAUGGUUGGGGGUCACCACACGAUGAGAACUGUAUUAAAGUGGCAGUGUUAGGAAGGUUGGAAGGACUGCCAUAAGGCCUAACCUGGAGCAGAACAGAACCCAGCGACUCCUUGGCUCACCCAGCGACCAGAAAGAUUACUUCUUUCUCUAUUCACAGGAAGAUAACUUGACUUUCCUUUCACAAUCCCUGGGUGCCGAGUGUGGAUGAGGCCCUGCCCUGUGCCCUUAAGUAGGAACAGCCCUGCCCUAAGAAUUUAGCCCAAACACCAGUCCUUGAGCCCUGCACUCCCCAACCCUGUCCUGUAAACACCCUGCUGUCUCACUUUCCGGGUUCCAGUUUCACUGCCAGGUGCAGGUCUGGAAGGCCAGGCCCAGGGUCCUCAGCCAGUGGGGAUGAUCAUGGCCUCCACAGCCUGCCCACCUCUGCUCACCGUCAUGUCUGGGUCCAAUGUGACCUCCCUCUCCGAGAUCUCUCAGCCAGCCCGCCUUCUUACAGCACAGAAUCCCACAAGUGACCCAAAGCACACAUCUUUGAGGGUUGAUGGCCCCUCCUCAGACACAGGCCUUACACCCAGUAUCCUAGCAAGGAUAAAUUCUUCCCUUGACCCCAGAUUCUGUGGCUUGGGAGGGCCCUGAGUCCUGAAGCUGGUUUCUAUGGACAAGCUGCAGCCAUGCCUUCUAACAGCAGUGCCAAGGCUCUUGCCCUCUGCUGAGACAGCUGCCUCACCAAAGUACUUAGAGAGACCUUUGGGCCUCCGUCAGAAGGUGCCCAGGGCUUGAGGACCAGAAAAUAAGCAAGUGUGAGAGUCGAGAAACAAAACCAGCUGCUUCCCUUCCCCUGGGCAGGCAUGGCUUGCUGCCAGCAGUAGCACAGGGCCUCUGGGGCAACAGAAGUUUAAUCUCUUCCCUUGUUUGAAGUUACUGAACAGCAGGAACAGGUGGAGGUGGAUGAUGCUAGGGAGGAGGUACCCACAGAAGGGCUGGUAGGGCCAGGGUGGCUGCAGCAGGAGUGGGGCUUGUCCACUAAAGGUACUAGAGGAGGGGCUUCAUGUCUCUGGGUGGCAGUCUGUCUCCAAGGACACAGGCCCCAACUGGAGGGGAUCUACCGAAAGCCUCUGGUUCACACUGAAUGGGUUGCCCUGUACCACGAUACUGCCAGCAAUGGGCCUCUAGCCAAACUCACCCCUGCAGGGCCUGGGCAGGGGCAGAAUUGCCAGCCCAAGGAGGCCAUGCACACUGGGGGAAUUUUCACAUUACCUAUUUAUGAAUAUAUAAGUCUUUCUAUCAAAUCUAUUUUUGAAACAUGAAAAGUUGCCUUUCUGGAUAUGUCAGAGCCAGUGUACAAUUCAACCAUUAAACAUUUCUGUACUGAC